AUGAGGAGUUGCGAGCUUUGCGGCCGCCUCGCAAGAGCGUACUGUGAAUCCGACGAGGCAAGUUUGUGUUGGGAGUGUGAUGAGAAGGUUCAUGGAGCUAACUUCCUGGUGGCGAGACACUCGCGGAUUCUUCUCUGCCAUGUCUGUCAGUCUCUUACUCCUUGGAAUGCUUCCGGUUCUAAGCUCGCUCGCGCGAUUUCCAUCUGUGAGAACUGUACGCACGAAGAUGAUGGUGUAGAUGGCGAAGCGACGGAGACAGAGAAUGAUGAUGAUGAGAUCACUACGGAAGAUGAUAGCGAGCAGAAAGAAGGGGAAGAUGGAGAGAAUCAAGUGGUUCCAUCGCCUGCAACCACAACCACACCACCUGCUGCGAGCUCUUCCAGUAGUGAUUGA